CUUACUCCAUUCCUAAAAAUUCCACUUUUAACUUCCAAAACUUCCUCCAAACGUACUCCGAUUUAGGGCUGACCUGAUUAGGUGAAAACAGCUGGGCUACGGGAGACUCGCAUAGUGGCACUGGCAACUGUGUUGGAUGAACCAUUUAACGUCUAAAAAUCUUUGAAAAGUUCUCAACGCCGCUACUUUGCUCGAAAACAGAGUAUAGUAUGCCUUUCGUCUUCAUCUCCAGGCCAUGUAUCUUCCCCAACAAUCCCCUCUUCUCUGAACUUGUUGGGAAAACAAGGGUCAGUGGAUUAUGGAGAAAUCCUCAUAGAUUUUUUGUGAGGGCAGGCCCGAGGAAGAUAUCUUUUGGCAAAGAAUGUAGAGGAGCCUUGCAGGCUGGAAUUGAUAAACUUGCUGAUGCUGUUUCUCUCACCUUAGGACCUAAAGGUCGCAAUGUUGUUCUUUCUGAUUCUAAGACAUUAAAAGUAGUCAAUGAUGGUGUUACAAUAGCUCGAGCCAUAGAGCUUUCUGAUGCAAUGGAGAAUGCUGGAGCAAUGCUAAUCCAAGAGGUUGCAAGUAAAAUGAAUGAUUUGGCUGGUGAUGGUACAACCACUGCGAUCAUUUUGGCUCGUGAAAUGAUCAAAAUUGGCUUGUUAGCAGUCACUUUUGGGGCCAACCCUGUUUCUUUGAAGAAAGGAAUGGAUACAACUGUAAAAAACUUAGUUGAAAUCUUGAAGGAGCAAAGUGUUCCGAUAAGAGGAAGGGAUAAUAUAAAAGCUGUUGCUUCAAUUUCUGCUGGGAAUGAUGAAUAUGUUGGGAACUUAAUUGCUGAGACUAUAGACAAGAUUGGCUAUGAUGGAGUAAUCUCUAUUGAGUCAUCUUCGACCUCUGAAACCUAUGUCAUCAUAGAAGAAGGAAUUAAGAUUGACAAGGGUUACAUGUCAUCCCAGUUCAUAACAAACCAGGAAAAGUCUCUUGUACAGUUUGACAAUGCCAGAAUACUAGUAACUGAUCAAAGGAUUGCAACUGUCAAAGAAAUUAUCCCUUUGUUAGAAAAGGCUAUGCAGCUAAGUGUGCCACUGUUAAUCUUUGCUGAGGAUAUCUCAAAGCAGGUAUUGGAAACGCUGGUGGUGAACAAAAUGCAAGGUUUAUUGAAUGUUGCUGUUGUAAAAUGCCCAGGAUAUGGAGAAGCGAAAAAAGCUUUAUUGCAGGACAUUGCUCUUAUGACAGGUGCUGAUUUUCUUUCUGGAGAUUUUGGUCUGACUCUCCUAGAUGCAACCUCAGAUCAACUUGGUGUAGCACAGAAAGUUACCAUAACAAGUAAUUCAACAACCAUAGUUGCUGACCCUUCAACUAAGGCUGAAAUUCAGGCAAGAAUUCUGCAGAUGAAGAAGGAUCUUUCGGAAACAGAUAAUGCAUACCUGUCAAGGAAACUCUUAGAAAGAAUUGCUAAAUUGUCUGGUGGUGUGGCUGUAAUUAAGGUAGGAGCACACACAGAAGCAGAAUUUGAAGAUCGGAAACUAAGGAUUGAGGAUGCAAAGAAUGCAACAUAUGCUGCCAUGGCAGAAGGGAUUGUGCCUGGUGGUGGUGCUGCAUAUGUACAUCUCUCAGAGCAUAUUUCUGCCAUACAAGAUUCCAUGGAAGAUAUAAACAUGCAGGUUGGUGCGGACAUUGUGGCAAAGGCACUUCUUGCACCUGCAAAAGCAAUUGCAUCUAAUGCUGGGGUUGAUGGAGCAGUUGUGGUGGAAAGAAUUCGGACUUCUGAUUGGAGAAAUGGUUUCAAUGCAAUGACUGGUGAAUAUGAAGAUCUUUUGGAUGCAGGGGUGGUAGAUCCUUGCAGGGUUUCACGGUGUGCACUUCAAAGUGCUGCCUCAAUUGCUGGAUUAAUUCUAACAACUCAAGCCAUACUGGCGGAAAAAAUAAAGAAGCCAAAACCUGCCAUCCCUCAAGUUCCCGGGAUUACACAAUAAGAGGGGGGAAAAAACCUUGAGCAUGGAAAGGAACUGAAGAAACUGUUUUUGCAUUGGUUUGAAACAAAGACUGCAAGCUGGAGCCUGAAAGAACGUUUAUUUUUUUGAAGGAAGGCUUCUCAAUUCAUGGAUUUGCCCGACAGCUUCUACUUCUUAUAAAGUAGACAGGUGAAACAAAUGUGUUCUUCAGGUAAUGUAAUGUUGGUGGUGAACUGAUCUUCCCCGCUGCUUUGUUCUGAAGCCUUUAUUUAUCACCUUCCCCGUCUAUGCUAAAUCCCAAAAUAACUUGCACUGGACAUUGGUUAUGACUGGUUUUGCCAGACAUACAUGUAGGAAAAUGUUGUCUUGUUUCUGAAAUAGCUUCAAAGUUGGGUUUUUUUUUUUUAUUUUUUAUUUUUUAUUUUUUUAAUGCUUAGAAUGACAUAAUAGAAUGGACAAUCACUAGUCAGAAUUGUUCAGAGCUGUGCCUGUAAAAUACCAUAUGAUAUUAAUGGUAAGAUCAAUUCAACCA